AUGGUUCAGUGGGGUCCCCUCAUUUACUACUUGAUUGCACUGGGCUUGCCAAGCGGCGGUGAGCCCCACUCUUCUGCGCAUUCGCAGAUCGCUGUGCGCCGGCUCUUCUGGGUUGUAAUCUACUUGCCAUGGGUUUCUGAUACACUGAAGAGAUUUGCAGUAAAAGUCACCACAGCCAGUGUGAAGGAACGAAGAGAAAUUCUCAGUGAACUGGGAAGAUGUGUCACUGGGCAAGAUCUGCCAGAGAGUGCUGUUAAAGGCCUCUGCAAAUUAUUCUGCCUCACACUGCAUCGUUACAGAGAUGCAGCAUCCCGCAGAGCCCUGCAGUCAGCUCUCCAGCAGCUUGCAGAAUCCCAGCCAGAAGCAACAGCAAAGAAUCUUCUGCAGUCCUUGCAGUCUUCUGGGAUCAGUGGCAAGGCUGGAGUUCCAAGUAAGAGCAGUGGAUCUGCAUCUUUACUGGCUCUGUCCUGGAUGUGUUUGCUUGUGCGCAUAGUCUUCCCAACACGUGACAAGAGAGAAGGCGAAAUAUGGAAAAAGCUGGUGGAAGUUCAGUGUUUGCUUCUGUUGGAAGUUCUGGGAGGUUCUCACAAGCAUGCAGUGACUGGAGCUGUGAAGAAAUUGAACAGGCUUUGGAAAGAGAACCCAGGGCUGGUGGAUCAGUACCUGUCUGUCAUUCUCAGUCUAGAACCAAACCAGAACUAUGCUGCAAUGCUGGGGUUUCUGGUGCAAUUUUGUACAAGCCAGAAAGAGAUGGAUGUUGUUAACAGACACAAGAGUGCCCUGCUGGAUUUCUACAUAAAGACCAUCGUGAUGAGUAAGACCAAACCCCAGAAGCACUUGCUGGAUAACUGUGCCCCCCUCCUCCGUUAUGUGACUCACUCUGAAUUCAAAGACCUGGUCCUACCAACUCUGCAGAAAUCCUUGCUGCGGAGCCCUGAGAACGUGAUUGAAACUAUCUCCUGCUUGCUAGCAUCCAUGACCCUUGAUCUAAGCCAGUAUGCUCUGGAUAUCGUGAAAGGAUUGGCCAGUCAACUGAAAUCUAACAGUCCACAGCUGAUGGAUGAGGCAGUGGUGGCCUUAAAGAAUCUGGCUCGACAGUGCAGUGAUCCAUCGGCUGUGGAGUCACUGGGGAGGCACCUGUUUGCCAUCCUGGGGGGUUCAGAGGGAAAACUGACGGUUGUGGCCCAGAAGAUAAGUGUCCUUUCAGGAAUUGGCAGUUUUAGUCAUCAUGUGGUUUCUGGGCCUUCAAAUCAAGCUCUUAGUGGAACCAUCGUUGAACUUUUCAUCCCUUUCCUGCAACAAGAAGUCCAUGAAGGCACUUUGGUACAUGCUGUCUCUGUCCUUGCUCUUUGGUGUAAUCGGUUCACCACAGAAGUUCCCAAGAAGCUUGUUGAGUGGUUAAAGAAAGCCUUCAGCCUUAAAACCUCUACUUCAGCUGUGCGACAUGCCUACCUGCAAUGCAUGCUAGCUUCUUUCAAAGGUGACACAUUAUUACAGGCAAUGGACUUAUUGCCAAUGCUUAUCCAGACAGUGGAAAAAUCAGCAUCUCAAAGUACUCAGGUUUCCAUGGUAACGGAAGGAGUUGCUUCUGCUUUGCUGAUCUGUAGGAUGUCUGUGAUUGAUGCACUAACUGAGUCCAAGCUGAGUGGCUUCUGGCAGUUGAUUCUUGAUGAGAAGAAGCAAAUAUUCACUUCUGAGAAGUUUUUACAGUCUGCAUCAGAGGAAGCCAUGUGCACAGUAUUGCAGCUGACAGAACGCCUCCUCUUGGACCAUGCACAUCGGCUCCCUGAAAAUAAAGUUCAACAGUAUCACCGAGCACUUGUUGCAGUACUGCUGAGCCGGAACUGGCAUGUUCGAAGGCAUGCCCAGAAGACAGUUAGGAAACUCUUGUCCUCACUUGGAGGGUACAGGUUGGCCUAUGGGAUCUUGGAGGAGUUGAAAACUGUUCUCAAGUCUCAUAAGGUGCUGCCCAUUGAGGCCUUGAUGACAGAGACUGGAGAGCUGUCUGACCUGGGGAAAGCAUACACACCCCCUCGUGUACUUCAAGAGACACUGUGUGUGAUCUCAUGUGUAGCAGGGUUGGAAGUCGACCGCACUGAGUCAGAAAAUCUUGCACUGGAGAUGCUGUUAGUGAGCCAUCACCCUUCCUUGAUGGAGGUGCAGUCUGGGCUUUGGUCAGCCCUCCUUAUCAAGAUGAAAAUAGACCCUGAAGACUUCAUUGCCAAACAGCUGGAUAAAAUUCUUCCCAGAAUCACUACUCAGGUCCCCAUAAACCAGUCAUCCAUGAAUGCAGUGGGGUCGCUCUCUGUACUUUCACCUGGCAGAGUUCUCCCUCAGCUGAUCAGCACUAUCUCUGCUUCUAUGGAGAACCCAGCUUUGCACCAUGUAACUCGAGAAGAAUUUGCCAUCAUGCAGACACCAGAAGGGGAGCUGUUUGACAAAUCCAUCAUACAGAGUGCUCAACAAGACAGCAUGAAAAAGGCCAACAUGAAGAGGGAGAAUAAAGCUUAUUCCUUCAAGGAGCAGAUCAUUGAGUUGGAGCUGAAGGAGGAAAUAAAGAAGAAAAAAGGAAUAAAGGAGGAAGUGCAGCUGACUAUUAAACAGAAGGAGUUGCUGAAUGCACAGCUGGAGAAGGAGUCUCAGAUUCGAAAGCAACUGAAGGAGCUUGAUCGCGAACUGGAAGCGGCUCUAGGACUCCUGGAUGCUGUUCUAAAGAGAAACCCUCCUGGUCUAACCCAUUACAUCCCGGUUCUUAUAGGCACCUUCUUGCCACUGUUAAAAUCCCCAUUGGCUGCUCCCAGAAUUAAAACUGCUUUCCUAUCCUUAGCUUCCUGUGUCAUGCCUCCUCGACUGAAGACUUUUGGUACGUUAGUGAGUCAUGUGACUUUACGCCUGAUGAAACCAGAGUGUGAAUUAGAUGAAUCCUGGUGCCAGGAAGAGUUGUCUACUGCCAUUAACAGAGUUGUUAGCUUAUUGCAUGCACAUACCAUCCCUAGCAGGACUUGCAAGGGAGAGCCAGGCGCUGCAUCCUUAUCAGCCCCAGCAUUUUCCUUAGUCUUCCCUCUCCUAAAAACAGUGCUGACUGAGACGCCCAAUGAUAGUGAAGAGAAAGAAGCACUCAUGGUCAAGAUUUUGCAGAUUCUUACAGUCCAUGCUCAGCUGAGAUCAUCAGCAAGUGACCAAACUUCACUGGUGGAUGAGAAUGGCCCCGAGUUACUGCCUCGCACAGAUAUGCUGCUGCUGCUGACCAGGGUGAUUGGAACAGGUUCUCCACGGUUACAGGUUCUGGCGUCCAACACGCUGACAGCUCUGUGUGCCAGCAGCAGUGGAGAGGAUGGCUGUGCCUAUGCAGAACAGGAGGAGAUUGAUGUGUUACUCCAGGCCCUGCAGUCUCCAUGCAUGAAUGUUCGAGAUGCAGCUCUCAGGGGACUAAUGGAGCUGCAGAUGGUGCUACCAACACCCGACAGUGAUGAAAAGAAUGGAUUGAAUCUGCUGCGCCGGCUCUGGGUGGUGAAGUUUGAUGUGGAAGAUGAGAUUAGAAAACAGGCAGAGAGGCUCUGGGAAUCUAUGAGUCUGGAUUUGCAGCCUGAUCUCUGUUCCUUGCUGAUCAAAGAUGUUAUCUACUAUGAGGAAGCAGUGCGGCAAGCUGGUGCUGAGGCUCUCUCCAAAGCUGUAGAGCAGUAUCGAAACCAAGCCGCUGAAGUCAUGAGCAAACUUAUCGAGAUUUACCAGGAGAAGCUCUAUAGGCCACCUCCAGUUUUGGAUGCUCUGGGACGGGUGAUAUCUGAGUCUCCACCUGACCAGUGGGAAGCAAGAUGUGGCAUAGCCUUGGCCUUGAACAAACUCUCUCAGUACCUGGAUAGUUCUCAGGUGAAGCCCCUUUUUCAGUUCUUCGUACCUGAUGCCCUUAAUGACCGUAAUCCUGAGGUCCGGAAGUGCAUGCUAGAUGCAGCUCUUUCUACACUCAACACUCAUGGCAAGGAAAAUGUUAACUCUCUCUUGCCGGUGUUUGAAGAAUUCCUGAAAAAUGCUCCAAAUGAUGCCAACUAUGAUGCUGUCAGACAGAGUGUGGUCAUUCUGAUGGGCUCCCUGGCAAAACAUUUGGACAAGAGUGACCCUAAAGUGAAACCAAUUGUUGCCAAACUGAUAGCAGCACUGUCCACUCCAUCCCAACAGGUCCAGGAAUCCGUGGCUAGCUGUUUACCGCCUCUUGUGCCUGCCAUUAAAGAUGAUGCAGGAGGGAUGAUACAGAAGCUAAUGCAGCUGCUUUUAGAGUCUGAUAAGUAUGCUGAGCGCAAAGGUGCAGCUUAUGGACUGGCAGGGCUGGUGAAAGGCCUUGGCAUCCUCUCUCUCAAACAGCAGAAGAUGAUGACCACGCUGACUGACGCCAUUCAGGAUAAGAAGAAUUUCCGCCGGCGAGAGGGGGCACUGUUUGCCUUUGAGAUGCUCUGCACCAUGCUUGGGAAGCUCUUUGAGCCCUAUGUGGUUCACGUGUUACCCCAUUUGCUGCUUUGUUUUGGAGAUGGAAACCAGUAUGUGCGAGAGGCUGCAGAUGACUGUGCCAAAGCAGUGAUGAGCAAUCUCAGUGCUCAUGGGGUGAAGCUGGUGCUACCAUCGCUUCUGGCGGCACUUGAGGAGGAAUCUUGGAGAACCAAAGCUGGGUCCGUGGAGUUGCUGGGGGCUAUGGCAUACUGUGCCCCAAAACAGCUCUCUUCCUGCUUGCCAAAUAUUGUGCCAAAGCUCACGGAAGUGCUCACAGACUCCCAUGUGAAAGUGCAGAAGGCAGGACAGCAAGCUCUUAGACAAAUUGGCUCUGUUAUCAGGAAUCCGGAGAUCCUGGCAAUUGCUCCAGUAUUGUUGGACGCUCUCACUGACCCAUCCAGGAAGACCCAGGAGUGCCUGCAGACCCUGCUGGAUACCAAGUUCGUCCAUUUCAUUGAUGCUCCGUCUCUGGCCCUCAUUAUGCCCAUUGUUCAGAGAGCCUUUCAAGAUCGUUCCACAGACACCAGAAAAAUGGCUGCUCAGAUCAUUGGAAACAUGUACUCCCUGACUGAUCAGAAGGAUCUGUCUCCUUACCUACCUAGUGUGACCCCUGGAUUGAAAACCUCUCUUUUGGACCCUGUACCUGAGGUGCGUACGGUAUCUGCGAAGGCAUUAGGAGCCAUGGUGAAGGGCAUGGGGGAGUCAUGCUUUGAGGAUUUACUGCCAUGGUUGAUGGAGACACUGACAUAUGAGCAGAGUUCAGUGGAUCGAUCUGGUGCCGCUCAGGGUCUGGCUGAAGUCAUGGCAGGGUUGGGGGUAGAAAAACUGGAGAAACUCAUGCCAGAAAUUGUAGCUACAGCCAGCAAAGUGGACAUUGCACCCCAUGUCCGGGAUGGUUAUAUCAUGAUGUUCAACUACCUACCCAUCACCUUUGGAGACAAGUUCACCCCCUAUGUCGGGCCAAUCAUACCAUGUAUCCUCAAGGCUCUUGCAGAUGAGAAUGAAUUUGUGCGAGACACCGCACUUCGUGCUGGUCAGAGAAUCAUCAGCAUGUACGCAGAGACUGCAAUCGCUCUUCUCCUGCCUCAGCUGGAGCAAGGCCUCUUUGAUGAUCUUUGGCGAAUAAGGUUUAGCUCAGUUCAGCUCCUUGGGGAUCUUCUGUUCCACAUCUCAGGAGUCACUGGAAAAAUGACAACAGAAACUGCCUCAGAGGAUGACAACUUCGGGACAGCCCAGUCAAACAAGGCCAUUAUUACUGCUCUUGGUGUGGAACGGCGAAACAGAGUUCUGGCAGGUCUGUACAUGGGUCGAUCAGACACACAGCUCGUAGUUCGUCAGGCAUCCUUGCACGUCUGGAAAAUUGUGGUCUCAAACACACCUCGCACACUACGUGAAAUUUUACCAACCCUUUUUAGUCUUCUGUUGGGGUUCUUGGCCAGUACUUGUGCAGACAAGAGAACGGUUGCAGCACGAACGCUGGGAGAUCUUGUUCGAAAGUUGGGAGAGAAGAUCCUUCCAGAAAUCAUCCCUAUCCUAGAAGAGGGCUUGAGGUCAGAGAAGAGUGAUGAGCGGCAAGGUGUCUGCAUUGGUUUGAGUGAGAUCAUGAAGUCCACCAGCAGGGAUGCAGUGCUGUUCUUCUCAGAGUCCCUAGUUCCUACAGUGAGAAAAGCUCUGUGUGAUCCUCUGGAAGAAGUCAGGGAAGCUGCAGCUAAAACCUUUGAACAGCUGCACUCAACAAUUGGAUACCAGGCACUUGAAGACAUCCUGCCAUUUUUGUUGAAGCAGCUGGAUACUGAAGAGACAGCCGACUUUGCUCUGGAUGGUCUUAAGCAAGUUAUGGCUGUUAAGAGCCGUGUGGUGUUGCCUUACUUGGUGCCAAAGCUAAUUUCUCCUCCUGUAAACACCAGAGUGCUAGCAUUCCUUUCAUCCGUGGCAGGUGAUGCUCUGACACGGCAUCUAGGUGUAAUUCUGCCUGCUAUGAUGUCUGCACUGAAAGAGAAGCUGGGCACCACCGAUGAACAGCUGGAAAUGGCUAACUGCCAGGCUGUAAUCCUGUCUGUGGAAGAUGAUGCCGGGCAGAGAAUUAUCAUUGAAGAUCUAUUAGAAGCCACUCGCAGCACUGAGGUGGGAAUGAGGCAGGCAGCAGCUGUAAUUUUAAACAUCUACUGCUCCAAAUCAAAAGCAGACUGCACUGCCCAUCUCAGGAACCUGGUCUCAGGCUUGAUCAGACUUUUUAAUGAUACCAACCCUGUGGUUCUGAAUGAAAGCUGGGAUGCUCUCAAUUCCAUCACCAAGAAAUUAGAUGCUGGAAACCAGCUGGCCCUCAUUGAGGAUCUACACAGGGAUAUUCGUAUGGUGGGGAAUGAGGCCAAAGGAGAACACAUGCCAGGAUUCUGUAUUCCGAAGAAGGGAGUGACUUCUAUUCUUCCGGUGCUGCGGGAGGGAGUUCUAACCGGUAACCCAGAGCAGAAAGAGGAAGCUGCAAAGGCCUUAGGACUGGUUAUCAAACUGACCUCUGCAGAAGCCCUAAAGCCCUCUGUUGUGAGCAUUACUGGACCUCUUAUUCGGAUCUUGGGAGAUCGGUUCAGUUGGAAUGUCAAGGUGGCUUUGCUUGAAACAUUAAGCCUUCUGUUGGCCAAGGUUGGGAUUGCCCUGAAACCAUUCUUGCCUCAGCUACAGACUACCUUCACCAAAGCGUUACAAGAUUCAAACCGCACUGUCCGCCUUAAGGCUGCCGAUGCUCUUGGUAAAUUGAUUGCCAUCCAUAUUAAGGUGGAUCCUCUUUUUAUUGAGCUGUUGAAUGGAAUCCGUUCCAGUGGGGAUUCUGGCAUCAGAGACACCAUGCUGCAAGCUUUACGAUUUGUAACACAAGGAGCUGGUGCUAAAGUGGAUGCAACGAUUAGGAAGAACAUCACCCUAGUGCUACUGGGAAUGCUGGGCCACGAUGAGGAUGCUACCCGCAUGGCAUCAGCUGGCUGUCUAGCAGAGUUGUGCGCCUUUCUGUCAGAAGAAGAGCUUAGCGCUAUUCUCCAGCAACACUUAUUGGCGGAUGUCUCUGGGAUUGACUGGAUGGUGAGACAUGGUCAGAGCCUGGCACUCUCUGUAGCUAUAAAGGUAGCUCCCAGCAGACUAUGCACCCCCAAAUACUAUAACAGUGUUCAGGAGAGGAUCCUCAGCAAUGCCACAGCAGACAGGAUCCCUAUUGCAGUUAGUGGUAUCAGAGGGAUGGGCUUUCUUAUGAAAUACCACAUAGAAGCAGAAGGAGGAAAUCUGCCCCCCAAACUCAUCAACCUCUUUAUUAAGUGUCUCCAGAAUCCAUCCAGUGACAUCAAGUUAAUUGCAGAAAAGAUGAUCUGGUGGGCAAAUAAGAAUCAUCUCCCCUCUAUGGAUCCUCAAACAAUUAAACCAAUUCUCAAAACACUUUUGGACAACACAAAAGACAAAAAUACCAGUGUGAGGGCUUACAGUGACCAAGCCAUCGUUAACCUCCUGAAAAUGAGAGAGGGUGAAGAAGUGCUUCAGUCUGUCUCUAAGAUCCUAGAUGCUGCCAGUCUAGAGCUGCUGAAUGAGAGCUGCAGGAGAUCUCUGAAGAAGCUUGCCAGCCAGGCCGAUUCUGUUGAACAGAUCGAUGAAACUAUACUGACGUGAUAUUUAAGAUCCUGAAGAGAACAAAACACUGAACCAACAGCUGCAUCAGCAUUUCAACUCAAAAACCAAUGUUAAAUGUUUUCAUUUUUGAAAAUAUGUUAAUUCUGAUGGGGGGCUUAUGAAAUGGGCUCCCAGGAAGUAUUUUAAUAUCAAAAAUAUACCAGACUAGCCUUAAUUAGACCCACAUCCAUUGAAAAUUUGGUCCCCUUUUUGAAACUGAAUGUGCAAGAGACAGUCAUACCAAUCUAUACCAGUUAGUUGUAGCUGAUUGUGAGGUGUGUCUUGAACAUCAAGCUAUGGGUGAAACCCAUUUCCUUCUCAGAAAUAUAUAAAAACUUUAAUAAAGGAGCUAACACUCAUCUUUUCUACAAAUCUUGAGCUGUGGAAACAGAAAUCUGUGAAAGUUAAAAUGUUGUGGUUUUGUGUAUUAUCUUGCAGCUUGUGAUGGUUCUGAAGACUGAAAAUCCCUGUAAAACAACUAUUUAAAAUAGCCUUAGCAAUUUCAAAUGCAAAAGGGGGAUUAAAUGCAGAUUGUUUGAAGAUGGAAUGUUUAAUAAAGGCUUUGAAUUUAACCCUAA